CUUUUCUCUGUCCUUCACGAAACAGCCCAAAAUUCGAAACCCAGUAAAAACAAGUUAAACACCCAAUGUUUGUUAAUUCAUAAUUGUUAUCUUUCCGUAAAUUUUCUUGUUCUUUUGGGCGAUUUUGGAAAUUAAAGUGGAAGGAAGAAAGAAAGAGUUUCUCCCCCUCUCUAUCCCAAUUUCCCACCAAUUUAAUGCACUCUCUCUAAUUCCAAACCCCAGUAUUAAAUGCAGCAGCUGGAGUAUCCACCCACCUUCCCCUCUCCCAAAAAAAAAAAAAAAAAAAAAAAAUCUCUCUCUCUUGUCUCUCUCUCUCUCUCUUCCUUCCGCAUUAACAAAUGGCUAAACCCCCUCUCCCCCUUUCUCUCUCCUCCCAAUGUCCUCCUCCUCCUCCGCUGCCUCUGCCGCAACUCCCUCCUCAUCCUCCGGCACCGCAAAUUACUUCACUAAUCUAGGCCUCGGCUACCCCAUCGCCAUCGCCCUUGGCUUCCUCGUCCUCCUCUCCAUCCUCCUCCUCGCCUCCUACAUCUGCUGCCGCGCCUCCCGCGCCUCCUACCACUCGUCCUCUUCCUCGGUUCCCUCCAACCUUAACCCUAACCCCAACCAUGACGGCAUAAUCCUCCCCAGGAUAAUCUUCGUCGCCGAGGACGAGGACGACGACGCCGAUGGCCGGCGCGGCGACCUCGACGACGGCGCCGUCGUCGGGCUCCACCAGAGCGUCAUCAAUUCCUACCCGAAGUUCCCGUACGAGAGGGACGGGGCGGGGAUCAAGGAAUCGACAUGCUCGAUUUGCCUCUGCGAGUACAAGGCUUCGGAGAUGUUGAGGAUGAUGCCGGAGUGCCGACACUGCUUCCACCUCUGCUGCCUCGAUGCGUGGCUCAAGCUCAAUGGCUCCUGCCCCGUCUGCCGGAACUCGCCGCUGCCGACGCCGUUGUCCACGCCGUUGCAGGAGGUUGUUCCGUUGUCGCAGUUCGCCGCCGAUCGGAGGAGGAGCAGGUGACUGUUGUUUUUUUAUGGAUUUUUUGUUUUGUUUUUUUGCAUGGUGGGAUUGUUUGGCUUUGGUGGAGAGGUUGGAUUGUUAAUGUAAAUUUUUUUCUUUUUUUAACAUUUUAAUUAUGGGUUGUGAGAUUGAUGCUGGUGAUUUUUGUUUUUUAGUAGUCUUGAUACUGGUGAUUAGGCUGUGGAACAAGCAACUUUUUUUUUU